AUGCCAGUCCCAUCAUAUGUUAUAACAGAACCAAUUAUUGAGGAACACGUUCCCCAAGAAUUACAGAAUGUAAGGAGGGCUAUAGAGGAUAUCAAAAGAAGGACAUUUUUAAACCCCAAUGAACCGUUUACAAUCAUAAUUGAAGGCAAUAUAGGGUCGGGGAAAUCGACCCUCAUAAGAACACUAUUUAGUGAAAACGAAGCUUGGAGGUAUUAUGAGCCUCUAUUUGAGGUAGGAGGCGCAAAUAUUUUACAAAGAUAUUAUGAAGACAAGAUCGCUUAUGAUCACCUUUUCCAUGAAAGGGUGCUAAUAUCGCUCGGUCAAAUCGCGGUCAUGAGGGUUCGAAAACCCUUUAAAAUAAUAGAGAGAAGUAUCUACAGCACCUUCAAUAUUUUUGCGAAUCUGCUUCAAGCAGAGGGGCACUUGACUGCCCCUCAGUAUGAUAAUUUACAUUAUUUGUACAAAUUUUUAGAUGCACUAGUGGAGCUAAGAAAGCCACAUUUAAUUAUUUAUAUCAGAUCAAAUCCAAGAAAGUGCUUGGAAAGGAUACGCGCUCGGCGAAGAGAGGGAGAGGAGCAGAUAGAUCUAGCAUAUUUACAAAAUUUGAAUGACUUAUACGAGGCGUGGCUCAUGACUCGUGAGCAAUAUCGUGGAAUGAAAAUUCUACAAAUCCAGAAAACUGAAGAUUUCAAUGGGGCACAAGAAGACUUUGGGGAAGAGGAAGCAGAAGAAAUAGAAAAAGAGGAAGAAGAAGAACAGGAAGAAGAAGAUCAAGAAGAAAACAAGGAGAAUAAUCCCAACUUACAAAAUAAUAUUUUAUAA